UCACCGUUUUCAACAAUCAAUUAAAAAGAAAACCUAAUCUCUCCUUCCUGCCAAUCCUUUUUUUAACCUAGUUCAAAUCCUUCAACUGAAACCAUACCAGUUGCAAAGAAGCGCAGAAGAAAUCUCUUCUUCCCAAGCCACGCGAAAAGAUUUCAAGGCAAGCUUGGAUUAUCUCACCGUUGCUCGCAGUCCUGACAAAGCCUGCACAAGCAGGGUCGUUGUUAGCUUCCAUCCGCACAACAUUGGCUUUGCUCUACAAUUUGUAAAAGUUGUGUAUUGAAUCCUUUGGAGUGUUAAAACAUCUUAGGAAUUCUAGAACCAGAACGCCAAUCUGUCAUUUUUAGGGGCUGACUGCCGGAUCGAGUUUAAAAACCAUGGUUGUAAGAAAUGUUGGAUGAAAGCAAAUUUGAUGUUGAUUUGAAAUUAUGGGCACUUAGAAUCCCUUGUCAGCUUUGCAAAGCCGCCACUAGCAUUUUAAACGGAUAUUUGCUUGACAAGCCCAGAAUCAAACCUAUUACUGAAGAUCCAACUUGCCAAAAGAAUCGUUAUGUGAUAUUGUCCGAUAGAGUUCAAAGUCAUGAUUUAUCUGAGAUAUCACCUCAGAAGCUUGAUGAAUUGAAGAAAUUAUGUGAGAUUCAAGUAAUUCCUUAUUCGUUGACACUCGGAUAUUCCUAUUGGAGUGCAGAUCAUGUAUUGAAGCAGAUUCUGCCUCCUGGAGUGGAGGUGCCUUCAUCUUUUGAAACAAUAGGUCAAAUUGCCCAUCUAAAUAUACAUGAUGAACUGCUUCCCUACAAGGAUGUUAUUGCUAAGGUUAUUUAUGAUAAAAAUUAUCCCAGGAUAAAGACUGUUGUUAAUAAAGUUGGAACUAUCACAAAUGAGUUUCGGGUGCCGAAGUUUGAAAUUUUAGCAGGAGAAAGUGACAUGGUCACGGAAGUGAAGCAAUAUGGGGCAACGUUCAAGCUUGAUUACAGCUUGGUUUACUGGAAUUCAAGAUUGGAACAUGAACAUAUAAGGUUGGUUUCUCAAUUUCAACGAGGAGAGAUCAUCUGUGACAUGUUUGCUGGGAUCGGUCCUUUCGCUAUUCCAGCAGCACAGAAAGGAUGCAUUGUUUAUGCAAAUGAUUUGAACCCAGAUAGCAUUCGCUAUUUGAAGAUUAAUGCAGAAAUCAAUAAGGUUGAUGAUUGCAUUUGUGCAUUCAAUAUGGAUGCUAGGAAAUUUAUUUCUCAACUUAUGGAAGCACCAGUUUGUGAAAAUAAUGCAGAAUGCAAUGUUUCAAUGCUUAAAGCAUGUGAGGAUUGCAGCGUACAGGAAAAUGAGGAAUCAAGGGUAGAAAAUACAAGACUGGGAGUUGAAGCAGAGGAAGCACCUGUUACUGUUCCAGGUAAUGUGGAGGGUGCACAAGAUUCGAAUAGAAAUAUACACACUUCUGUAGCUGCAACUAAAAGACCUUCGGAUUGUUGCUUGGAAGAAAAUGGAAGCAUCAAUGGUGAUGGUGCAAUGGAUGCUUUUAGGAGAAAGGGAGGCAAAAAAAAGAGGAUGAGAGCCCUGGAGCUUCCCAAUACUAAGCCUUGGGAGCAUGUUGAUCAUAUAGUCAUGAACCUUCCUGCUUCUGCCCUACAUUUUCUUGAUGCAUUCAAGGGGCGUAUUCAGAGGAAGGAUUGGAAAGGAACUCUUCCCUUGAUUCACUGCUAUUGCUUCAUGCGAUCAAAUCAAACCCAAGAAUUGAUAGUUUCGGAGGCAGAGUCUGCCUUGAAUGCUCACAUACAAGAGCCAAUAUUUCACAGGGUUAGGGAUGUCGCUCCAAAUAAGGCCAUGUUUUGCUUAAGCUUUAGGCUACCAGAAGCAUGUUUCAAAGAUGAUGCCACUAACAUUUAACGUUGAUUCUGCCGAGGGGAAGAGUUUUAGACACCAUAAAAUCUUUCCAGUCCAUACACCACUCACGCCAUCAGUUUCCUAGCAGAUUUUGUUCCCUUGACAGCAGAAACAAACUUCGCUUUGAAAUGACCUCCAAGAAAUCUGACCUGAUAUAUAUAUUUUUCGUUUUCUAUUCAGUUUUGUCUGAUCCAUGGAGUUGGUGUAUUUUCAGUAUGAUUAAGACACCCCAUUUUUGGCAAUGUUAGUGUCAAUGUCCUAUUAUCGUUUUGGUGUUGUACUUAGACCAAAUUAGGUGGAAGCCAAUCCAUAGCAGUUGGUAAAUAUGGGUAAGACAAGGCCAACCAAACAUGUUAUGCUAUGCUCUAUGUCGAACAUGAUGGAUUGCCACUUUCUGCCUGUUAUAUUUGAUGAAAUAUUAUUCCCCUUUACAA